GUUUCCUUGACAAUAUGGUUGUAUUUCAUUUUUAAUAUUUUUUUCUUAUCAUUUUGAGAAGAAGCUGAAUAUUUUUUAGAAAUCAGAAAAACAUAAUAAAAAGUGUCUGGUGUACAAAUUUAGCGUAAACCGAGACUUUACCAUACGAAGCGACCGAAUCUAACCGAAGCGACCCAAAAUUCAUGAGUGUCAACUAAAUUUAUUGUUUAUGUAAAAUUUUGCAAUCAGAAUUAAGAAAUUUUUUAUUUAUGAAAAAACGAGCAAGCUGUUAAAGGAGAACGAAGAAAGGUUCAAUAACGAAAGGCGGUAAACACGUAUACGAUUGGCAACACAAAGAUGUCUUAUCAAAUCAAGUCGACACCAUUUUUUCGACGCAUGGUUAGUACAAGUAAAAAGAAUGGCCAGCUGCAGCGUCUGAAGGAGGAAUACGAGCGUAUCAAAGAUUUCAACGAUCGCACGAUUGAAAUGAAAAUGCGACAGGUGCGCUUGAAGCGACUGUUUCGCGAAAUCGAAGAGAUCAAAGAGACAUCAUCGCAAUGGAAACGACGACGUGUGGCCGUAGAUCGUUUGCGUACGAACGAGGAGAUACGCGUCGAAACCUUGGUCAAGGCCAAAGAGCUUGGCAAAGAGUAUUCGAAAAUGAAUGCGCUUGUGGAUCGUUGUUCGUCGCGUCUCGAUGCUGUGGCAUCGGGUGCCGCCGUCGGCAGUAUGUCAUCGCGCAUUGAGUUAGAACGUAAAGCGCGUUCGGAUAAACGCAUCAGUUACGGCAAUGAUCGUUCGCGUAUGAAUAUACAAAAACUCUCAACAACUCAACGUAAAUCAAGUACGAAGACCGUAAUUAGCGCGGAACAGGAACUCAAGGAAUUGAAGGAUAAACUUAAAACUCGCCUCCAAUUCGGUAAUUCGUGUUCCAGUCGCAAUUUAGCUAGAAAAGUGAAGAAGGAUGGUCAUCGUAAGGCCACCGAAGGUAAAUCUUUGCAUGCGUUUGACUAUGGCAAACUUACCGAACGUGAUGCAUUACAAACCAAAUACACGCGAGAUUUUGGUGGCUUCGAAAUGCAGUCGAUGACAUUUAACGACAUACCGCGGCAUACGAUGACCUUAGAAGAUUUGCAUACGUGUCGAGCGCUAGACAAACCCAAAAUGUCGGAUUUGUCGUCCAAAAGCGAUGAGGAUCGACGUAUACGUGCGCGUCAACGUUGGCGCAAAGUAGCGCUACUCGUGCGUCAUCGUUUCGAUGCGUUCUUGCGACGCAAUGCGCCACCGCCACUGCAGGACAAUAGCGAUGUCGGUACGGAUGAGUAUUCGUUGCGUGCCAUAUCGAACGACACCGAUUUACCGAUAAGCCAGUUGCGUAGCAAAGCUUCGCCACCGAAUUCCGAAGCUGAGCUGCAACCCGGUGAGGUGCUGUUAAGUGUCGAAUCGCUCGAUCCAUUAGAGUUGCAACCACUACCGGAUCCCAGUUCAGUUAUGUUGGGAAAUGCAAUUUCGGAAGAGUGUAGCAAUGCAACAGAUGAUCGUCGCAAAGUGCAGACCUAUGUGAAAUUAUUGGAACCGUUUCUACGUGACGCCGGCAAGAAGGCUGUAGAGCUAAGUGUUGAGGAAUUCCGUAGCAUUUUUGAACAUCGCAGCCCCGAAUCAAAUUAAUCGACAAAAGUAAAUGCGUAUCUAUUGUGGUGCCUGGAAAGUAGCCUGCGUUCAUUAUGUUUGAAUGGCGUAAAUCUUCAUUUCUUCCUUUCUAAAUGCAACCUCUAGUCUUUCGCAGUUUGGCAGUUGUCCACCAAUCCUGGUUUAUUGUGCUAAGUUACAAUGUUAGUACAUUGAAUUUAGUGCUAUUUUCUCAACAAGUGUUCAGCAAGGCAUGCCGUCAUCGUUCAUUUCAAAUAGACUCAGUCCAAUUGACUUCCAUUGUACCGUAGCACACAGUUCAUGAAAAUUUUAGUUUGCAAUAAAAAUACAAAAAAACCAUUAA